AUGGGCAACCUCUUAGGAGCCCCCGUGACGGAGAAAGAAACACAUGUAGGUACUACUCCGGAAGGCAUCCCCUACGGCGUCUCGUCGAUGCAAGGAUGGCGUGUACACAUGGAAGACGCGCACAUUACGCAAGAAGAGCUGUACGCGAUUGAAAGCAACGUUGGUAGUGGCGCCGAGGUCAACGAAAUUCCCCUAGAUGGACAUUCUCUGUUUGCCGUGUUUGACGGCCAUGGCGGGACGUUUGCAGCGAUGUAUUCCGGACGCAACUUUUGUCGCGUACUUUCCAGACAACCUAAAUUCGUAGACUACGCUAAUUUCAGUAAGGAGUGGGCGGAAACAGAGACAACAACAAUGAAUUCGGAGAAAUCCGUCGAAGGAGAAGGAGAUUCCGGUACGACCGCGUGUGUUGUCGUGGUGACGCCAGAAUGGAUUAUCUGUGCUAACGCUGGUGAUUCACGAUCCGUCUUCUCGAGAUCGGGCACUAAGGUUGUCCCCCUCUCGUACGAUCACAAACCCGACGACGAUGAGGAACAGCAGCGGAUCCGGGCAGCGGGUGGGUACGUGGCGGGGGGUCGGGUAGAAGGCGAUUUGGCUGUGUCUCGUGGUCUUGGCGACUAUCGUUUCAAGCGACUGGAUGUUGUAUUGGCUGCGAAUAGUGAGGUGCCUUCUUUGGAAAUGAAACCUGGCGAUCAAAAGGUAUCGCCAAUUCCUGAUAUCAUGGUACAAGAUCGUGAUACAUUGCAAGAUGAAUUCAUCAUUAUAGCCUGUGAUGGUAUAUGGGAUGUGCAAACAAAUUACGAGGCUGUGAAAACAGUAUCGCAACUGUUCCAGGAGGGCGAGUCAAACGUUGGCUUGAUUUGCGAAGAGGUCAGUGUUCUGUUCCGGCGUCGGCUUUUGUGA